GUUGACAUUCUUGUCAAUCAAUUGAAUUGUAUAACUGAGUUAUAUAUGUUAUUUAUACUCUCAUUACCUGCUUUUUUGGCAGACCAAAUUAUUGUAACUGACGUUGAACGAGCCAAAAAAUUUGAAGAACUUCCGCAAUCCAGUCAUGGACGAAGAUAGUAAUUGGACUACCAUUGUGAGAUGUAAUAUGUGCGGCAAAAUACCCGAAAAGGUCCCAUUAUAUCAGUGUCCUUUAGAACAUCAAUAUUGCAUGGAUUGUUAUUUCAAAUUACGAGAUAGGUGCAAUAAACCUAUUCAUAAUGAGGCCACCUGUAUUGUUUGUAAAGCUACGGGAAUCUUCACCCAAAGUAAAAUUAAUGCGGAUUAUUUGCAUAGAAUCAAAGCUAGACCAGGCAUCGGGAGACCUUACAGAUAUAACAUCAAUGAAAUUGCCAAUAAAGAUUCUGAAAACUCAAGACCAUCCACUUCAAAGCUACCCAAAGAACAAACUGAGAGAAACAUAACCCUUGAAAGUUUAUUUGGUCUUCCAUCAAAAGAGCUAAAACAAUUGUUGAAUAGGAAGACCAGAACCCCUGAAACAUUACAAUCAAAUGAACCACUUAAAUCCACAUGUUGUUCACCUAGACCAAACCCUGAACAUAUAAUUUUACAGCAGUCUAAAAUACCAAUAAAAUGUCCACAUGGGCCUUGCAAAAAAGUGAUAACCACCUCAUCUUUGAUCUCACAUUUCAAGUAUGAUCAUGCAGGCAUUCCCUCUCACAAUAUAAGAAGAGAUAGAGAAUUGUGCCUGAAGUUAAAUGUUACAGACAUAAAACAUAACAAUCAUCAUUGUUUGGGUAUAAUAACUGUGUAUGAACCCAAUACUACUGCCAUUGAUACUUGCAAACAGUAUGUCCCCGUGGAUUCAUUUUGGCUAUUGGUGACUGGUUUCAUUGGACCUCAUAUUGAUGAUGCUUUGGUUAUCAUUUGGUUAUUUUGUCCUUGCAAGGAUUCUUAUCAUACUACAAUUGAACUAAGUUCAAAAUCAGGCACCAUGGCAUUUUCUACUUACUGCGAAGUACACACUUCCGCUCAAAAUUUGGAAUUUGAAGAUAUUGCUAGUAAGCUGCACUGCUUGUUGUUAAGUAGGACUUCAAUAAUUGCUUUACUAGAAGAUGGACCUGAACUGGAUUUAAUGAUAAUCAUACAUUGAGGAAUGGACUAAAAUUUGAAGUAUUGUAUUUGAUGUGAAAUCAAUAAAUUUGAUUUUAAUAUAAAUUUGAUUAUGUGUGUAAUUUUUGGUUGAAAUUUACUGAAAACUAUUUCUGAUUGACAAUUUUCCAUUCUGAUUAAUUUUUUAGACUACCAAUAUAAAGGCAUUUUUCAAAUUGACAGAAAUUUCUUUUAAGAUAAUAUGUAAAGAAUAAUUUUUGAUUUGUGACUCUUGCUUCAUCCCUAUCUCAUUUUUAGUAUUUGUAGAUGAUUUUCUUAAUAUCAGCAAUUUUUUUAUCCAUAACUCUCUGUUUUCUGGCUUUUUUGUGCUCUUUUUGUUAGUGACCUUUUAUUCAUCAUAUGGAAGUAGAAAAUAAUAUUUACUCAUUGGUUGAAUAAAUAGUUAGAAAAAAGUUGUAAGAAAAAAUACAUUUUGCUUACUAGUUAAUCACUUUUAUGUCCAAGUUCUAUAUUUUGUUGCUUAAUUAUAGUAAAACCGGAAUCUAUGUAAGUAUUCUAUCAUUUACAAUCUAAGUAGAAAUAUGAAUCCUCUCACAUUUAUCUGUAUUUAUACCGAUAUUUCACAAAAUUCUAUUGAUAUUACUUUUAUAUAUAUUUUUUCGAUUACUUAUAGUUGGAAAAAGUACAGAAAUUUGUACUUGAUAGGAAGUUACAAUAAAAAAGAUGAACUUUUUGAACUAGUUCCACAAAAUGCAAAUUAGGAAAAAAUAUUUAUGUAUGGUACACAAUAGAAUUGAAGAACUACAAAAGGUAUUUGAAGUAGAUAACACAAGUGGGUUGUUAUAAUUUAAAUUUAGUAUAAUUAUAGGUUACUAAGCACUUACUUAAUUAUUACAAUACUUUGUAAUAUUGUAUAUGAUUUCUAUAUUUAUAUUAUAUUUGAUAUUUGAUUUCCCAAUAAUAAUAAUAAGUUGCAGGGUUUGCCAUCUCAUGGGUUUCAGAAUUUUUUACUUGAGUACGAUUUAUGCGAAUGCAAUAAACUAUCAAUCUAUCAAUCUUUUUUUCAAAUUGUCUCAUACUGCAUUAAAUCUUCCUAGUUCAAAGUUUCCAAUUAAAUUUUUUAAUUGGCAAUUUGAACAAUUAUACCAAAAUUCGUUACUAUUUUCACUAGUUUCUUUCAUGUUUAAUAAAUAUAAGUGAUUUUCAUGGAUAUUAAUGUGAAUGGGUUAUGGCAUCAUAAUAUUAAAUCCUUUCAAUUUGGUUUUAUGUGUUAUAAAAUAAGGUAAUUACGGGUAGGUCUAUGUUUAUAUGUUUCUUGAAGAAGUUCGCUAUUACUACACACUCUGGAAGAUUUGCCUCCACCAUGUUCUGGAACAUCUAAUAAGUAUAAUAGAUAAGAGCUUACAGUAUUAGACAUGGGUGGAAUGAAGACACGUGGUGCGCGAUAGAAAACAAUCCGGGCACAAUAAAGUGAUAGUCACCCAAUUGUUAAUAGCGUUAUAAUUAAUGUGAUAUUUAUGGUUUUAUAAAGUUUUAAGUUUUAAUUAAUAAACGUGUACAAUUUUAUUGAUGAACCUUACCAGCGAUAAGUUGAAAUUCAUGUGUGUGUACUCAUAACAAGAGCAUAGGAUUUAUCAACAGGGAUUUUUAUCAAGUAGAAUUCGAAAAGUUAGUUCGUUGUGAAUUGUUUGUUGGAAACUUAAUGUAAGAUACACAUCAAAUUAAGUUGAUGUGAACUACUUCUAAUGUAAAAUUUCGGGAAAAGGUAGAUGUUCCAUCUAAAAAUGCCUGACAAUUGAUAAACCAUAAAAGCUGAUUUUUCUUAAAUAUUUAAACCAAUCAUAUAUAUAAUAUGAAAUUCUCAAAAAGAUUAUAUGAAGUGGUUGUUUAUUGUGAACAGAGAGAGGCAGAUUAAAAAAGAAGUAAAAAUAUAUAUCAUCAUCAUAACAUCAAAGUAACAUGUUGACAUCCUUGUCAAUCAAUUAGAUUUUUAAAACCACGCUAUACAUGUUAUUAUAUUAUUAUUAUUAUUUCCUCAAUUUGGCAGGCAAAAUUAUCGUAUUUGAGUUGAAUCAAUUGAAAAAAUAUAGAAAACUCCCGCAAUUCAGUAAUGGAAGAAGAUAAUAACUGGACUACCAUAGUGAAAUGUAAUAUGUGCUCCAAAAUACCCGAAAUUAUCCCAUUAUACCAGUGUCCUAUAGAACAUCAAUAUUGCAUGGAUUGUCAUUUGAAAUUGCGAGCAAGUUGCAAUGAGUCCUUUCAAAACGGGGCCACUUGUGUUGUUUGUAAAGCUAUGGGAAUAUUCACUCAAAGUAAGAUUAAUGCGGAUUGUUUGGAUAAAAUAAAAUCUAGACCAGGCAUUGGAAGACCUUAUGGAUAUAACGUUAAAAAAAUCGCCAAUAAAGAUUCUGAACAUUCAAGGCCAUCGACUUCAAAGCUGCAUAUACAAGAAAUUGAGCCAAGUAUAACUCUUGAGAGUUUAUUUGGUCGUCCAUCAGAAAAGUUGGAAUUAUUGUUGAACAGGAAGACCAGAAACCCCGAAGCAGUGCAAUCAAAUGAACCACAUUGCUCAUCACUUGAAGCUACAACUCUUUUGCCAAGACCAAACUCUGCACACAGCAUUUCACAACAAUCCAAAAUACCAAUAAAAUGUCCACAUGGGUCUUGCAAAAAAAUGAUAACCACUUCUGCGUUGAUUUCACACUUCAAACAUGAUCAUACAAACAUUCCCUCUCGUGAUAUAAGAAGAGCGAGAGAAUUGUGCCUUACAUUAAAUGUUACAGAUAUAAAACAUAACAAGCAUCAUUGUUUAGGAAUGAUAACUGUAUAUGAACCCAAUAAAACUGUCAUAAAUACUUGCAAACAGUAUACCCCUGUGGAUUCAUUUUGGCUAAUGGUGACAGGUUGUCUUGGACCUAAUAAUGAUGCUUUAGUUAUCAUUUGGUUAUUUUGUCCUUGCAAGGAUUCUUAUCAUACUACAAUUGAACUAAGUUCAAAAUCAGGUACGAUGGCAUUUUCUGCGUACUGCGAAGUACACACUUCUGCUCAAAAUUUGGAAUUUGAAGAUAUUGCCAGUAAGCUGCACUGCUUGUUGUUAAGUAGGACUUCAAUAAUUGCUUUACUAGAAGAUGGACCUGAACUGGAUUUAAUGAUAAUCAUACAUUGAGUAAUGGAAUAAAAUUGGAAGUAUUAUAUUUGAUGUGAAAUCAAUAAAAUAAAUUUAAAAAUUUUAAUAAUUAGUAUUUAAUGUGUAAUUUUAGGUGGAAAUUUUCUGAAAAAUUCU